GUGUAGCAUCUGUUUUGAGUUUUGACAGAUAGAUUAGUCAUUCGUUCGCGAAUAUCCAAACAAACUUUCCAACAAUUUCUAGUUUUUGUAGUUUUUAAAUAAGUUAAGUUUAACAAUAACGAACCAUGACCGUCGUGGAGUUCUUCGGCUGCUCGUUCCUGGCCUUCGGGCCUCCGCUGGCGAUGUUUUCCCUGACGAUUGCCCACGACCCCAUCCGUAUCAUCAUUCUGAUAGCAGCUUCCUUCUUCUGGCUGGUCUCGCUGCUGUUUUCCUCGACCGUCUGGUUCACGGUUUAUCCUUUGAGGGAUAAGAUCGCUUUCGGGCUGAUAUGCUCCGUGUUCAUUCAGGAAGCAUUCCGCUAUUUGAUGUACAAGCUGCUGCGGAAAACCGAGCGAGGACUGCAGGAGGUGACCGAAAUCGUACGAAUCUCUGACUACAAGCACAUCCUGUCGUACGUCUGUGGGCUCGGGUUCGGCAUCAUCAGCGGUGCCUUUUCGCUGGUGAACAUUCUGGCCGAUUCGGUGGGACCGGCCACGGUGGGUCUGAAGGCCGGAUCAAACAUUUUCAUCGUGAUCAGUGCAGCCCAGUCGCUCUGUAUGAUUCUGCUGCACACCUUCUGGAGUGUGAUCUUCUUCAAUGCGUGCGACCUGAAGAACUACUACCAUAUUGGAUACGUGGUCGUGAGCCACCUGUUUGUGUCCUGCAUAACGCUAUUGAAUGGCCAGGAGCUGUUUGCCGUUUCGCUGACGGCGUCCUACAUUGUGAUGUUGGUGACGAGUGUGAUUGCCUUCCGAGUGGUGGGAGGAAAUUUAGCUUCGUUUAAGAAAUUUAUUACUUGCAAGUAAAUUGAACUCUAAAAUAUCAUAACUUAUAUCAUCUCUUAAUUUUAAAUACAGUCUAUUAUCCAAGAAACA